AUGAACUUAAAUUGUGAAGGACGUGACGUGGGCAGGAAUUUAUUAAUGGAGGGAAAGGGUAAAAAAAAAAAGAUAGCACAUUUAUUUAUUUAUAUUUAUUUAUACAUAUGCGCCACAAACCGAUGGGGAGAAAUGAAAAUAUCCUUGAUUUUGUUUGUGGUUUUCGUCCAUUUACAUUCAUUUUUUUUUCUAAUUUAUGGUCUCAUUAACUCUUUCGUUUCUGUGACUUGUUUUUUUUUUUCAGUUGUCGUGGAAGAACCUGCAUUAUUUUGGUGUAUUCAAUUAGAUAUGACAAUCCUCCCCUUUUAUGCAAUUAAUUUCUUUAUUAUUGUUAUUGUUUUGGUCCCGUUUGAAAAUGUGGCACGCACCUUACUUUCGCUUCAAAUUAUAGCGCGACUAAAUACUUUUUUCUUUUUCUUUUUUUUGCUUUCCUUUUUUUUAAAAAAAAAUAUUUAUAUAUAUUUAUAA